GAACUCCCCCAUGACCGUGGGUCCGGUCAGUCCACCCGACGAUUGACCGAUCCGAAAAGUCACAAACAGAAUGUGACAGACACGAAACCGGGCGCUGCCCAUGCGGCUGCCGCAGCAGGCCUCGGAUGGACACUCGACGAGGACACCUACAAUCUGGCCAAGUUCGGUCAGACCCACGGGGCGUGGUCGAUUGAUUCGCCGCUGCCGCUGCCGAAGUGGUCUACCAAGGUGGCCGAGCCGUUCGUCGUGGACAAGGUGUGGCAAUAUGAGGAUUUGAUAGGUCUUAUCGAGACGAAACUACAGCGGAUGUUGGAGGAGACCCAUUACGAUACAGCGAACAACUUUGUGGAUUUUCACAAGGCAUACCGCGGCACUCACAGUGCCAGCCCGGAUCUUAAGACGCAUUUCCAGAACUACAUGAUACCGAUCAACCGUCGGCAUCACAUGUGCGUCAGUCUAGGAAUGGAGAUUGUGUCAAGAUUAGCCGAACAGCACCCUAAAAUAGCCAAACACCUAUAUCUGGUUUCCUGCGAGGAAGCGGUCGAGGAUGCGGAAGCCUACAUCCAACACUGCGAGGUGGAGGAUAUCGAGAAGGCCGGAAAAAGUUUGGAAAAGGAACACGCCCUCGUGGCCAUGAAGAUUGUGGUCGGAGGACGUGAAGGUGUGCUGAUCCUCGAUCCGGGCUAUCACGUUGCACGCGCUGUCACCGUAAUGAAAGAUCAAUGCUAUCCACAUACCGGCUGGUUUACACAAUCGGACGAACCGCACUGCAAGCGAGAGUACUCGUAUGUGUUGAGUCCCCACAGUGCGGAUUUUAUCACUUGGACGGAACGCGUGACCCGUGUCGGGAAGCAACAGCAGUACGAGAUGUCGAUGAUCUUCAUCGAGCGGCCGUACCGGACGGCGAUUGAUGUCACCGUUCGCCGGAAUCUGGUGUACAAUUUCCGCUCGCUGUUGUCUCGUGACGCUAAGGGACGAGUCUGUGCGGGGCUGUAUUUCCCCGUGGUGCCGAAUCCAGCCGACGCCCAAGUGACGCUUUUCUACGACGCUGCAAACGAUACACAAGUCAAGCAGAAAUUUAAGUUCUCGUUGUUUAAAGACCCUCAAAAGAUCCCUGAGAAUAUUGUAGCCCAUCUGGAGAACCUUGCGCCACAGCUGCGCAUGAAGUCGAACGUACUUGCUGCGCUGAUGGCAGACCUAGCAGAUUGUGUGCACGAUGGUGACUUUGUGAAGCAGUUGCUAGAUAUCAACGAUAGCAUCACGAAAAUGUCCGCCGAUAAUUAAAAUUCUAUUCUAUCCGCUUUUUCAAUUGGCGCUCCAUACUAUUAUAAGAUUAGACAAACUCAACACGCCAACACAUAUAUUCACUUCCACUGUUUAUAGUAGAUCCGCGACAAUGACUAUGCAUUUUAUUUUAAAUUUUGCUAGUUUCAGAUCCGAAUUGUCGCGUUUAAUCACAACUCUAUCUGCUAUAUUACAAAGAGAAACAACAAUUGUAUUGUAUAACACUAAUAACCAUUAGCGACUUGCAUUGAACCAACCAAAUUUCGAAUGUAUUGAUAUGUUAGCUUCACUUCACGUCGAUUUUUCACAUAUGUUUUAUAUGUGCUUGACUCGGGAUUACGUUUUUUUUAAAUCCACAUUAUAACUUAUAUUGCAAAAACGUAUGCAAAAAUUAUCCAUACGAUUGAUGUUGUUGAAGAACCCGUGUGUGUUGCUCUUUAUGUUACAACCUUUACGAAAUGAGUUAUUAGAAGACGUAACAUAUACUUUUGCAAUAAAUUCAUCUAUAUUAAAAGCUUGACAAAACAAA